AUGGGGUGCAAGCAGCUGCAAAGUCGACGGGAGGGCGGGCGGGGAGGAGGCGUGACUGGCGGAUGCUGGCGCUGGCUGCCGCCACUCCUUUCCCCCUCUCCUCUUCGGCCCCACUACGUCCGCCGCUGUUUCCGCGCCAGGGAGCUGCGACGAGGCAGCGUGACGGCCGCGGGUCCAUUGGCGGGCUCGCUCGCGGGCCCGUUGGCGGGUUCCUCGGCGAGCGUGCUGACUCGAGCGCUGGAGGGUCCGUUGGCGGGCUCGUCGGCAGGCUUGCUGACGCGCGCGCUGGCGGGUCCGCCGGCGGGUCCGUCGGUGGGCUUGCUGGCGCUCCCGUUGGCGGGUCCGUCGGCGGGUUUGCUGGCGGGUCCGUCAGCGUGCACGCUGGCGGGUGCGUUCCUGGCGUUCUUGGUGCAUUCCUGGCGUUCUUGGUGCAUUCCUGGCGUGCGCGGUGGCGUGCGUUGCUGGUAA